CUGUGCGACUGGAGUGAGACGAAAGAACAAACCAAUAGUUCCUGAUGCAGCGCUAAAACGGUCAGUUUAAACUAUGCUAAACUAUUUAAAGAAAUAUGUGUAAAUAGACAAGUUGUCAAAUGUUACGGGACGGAAAGUUAAUAUUAAAAAGUGCAUCGGAAUGCAGCGGAGUGCCACAGACAGAGACUUUUUAGGAGAAGGUUUCGGUCGCCCGGAUCGGUCAGAGGACAUGGAGCAGACAUCGGCUCAUCCCGUGACCCCCGGUGAGACUACGGGACGGCAGUGCACCCAUCGGAACGGCCCCAAACCGUGGACGGUGGUCGUGCUGUCGGUAUUGUGCUCCGCCGUCGCUGUGGCCGCUGUCAGUUGUGUCUGCGCCCUCAUCUACCCGAUACUCAAAGAGCUGCGGGCAGAGAGAGUGAGAGGAGAGGAUGGGACUGAGCAGAGGAUGCUGGGUUUCUGGAGUAUCCUUGUGCUGUCAGUGUUAGCAGGAUGUAUCUGCUGUGUGCUCUCGUGGACUCUCACCUUCCUUGACUCGUACCAGCCUGGCAUGGCGUUGGAAACACCUCUGACACUGGCACACCUCAGAGGUGUAUCUGGCCAUGGUUUCCACAUUGGUUAUGGAGUUGCUGUCCUUAAUGGCAUCAUGGCCAUACUCACUGUCGUCUGGAGCCUCACCUGACACUCAAACACACCCUCAGGAGAAGUGCUCAGGUGCACACACAUGUAUCUGAUGCUGGGGAAAGACAUCCGAGAAGUGCACCACUAUGACAUUAAAAUAAAAGUUUGUAAUGGAAAUUUAGACGUGAUGUGUUUAGGGCAGGGGUUUUCAAAAGUGCGGGAGGGUGAGCCUUCCCUCGCAGACCAGCUUACAAAGACGUGGCACAAAAAUUUGUAAAAAAAAAAAAAAAAAAAAAAAACAAUAAAUAAAUAAAUAAAUAAAUAAAAAUA